UCAAAUAAACAAAACGUGUUUGGUAAAGUUUUAGACAUGGUUAGAUGCUGGUAAACUGUCUUCAAAUCCCUUCAUGAUGGCUUUUUUUCUUGUGUUACUCAAAAGAGGAAUAUUAAUACCAUGUGUUUUAUUGCUUUCUGUCUAUCAAGGAACUUCUCAGCCGAUUUUCAUGGUGACAUUUCCAGGCGUUAUAAGAUCAGGCUCAGAGGCUAAACUAUGUGUGAGCCUUCUAAAACCAGAAGAAAACCUGCAGCUUACUAUUUCUCUGGUUAACUAUAACCAGAACAGAACACUUCUACAGGAGAGAACCGAGAAGGAAUUCCACCGCUGCCUUGACUUUCAGGCUCCUGACUCUGAUUCAGUGCAAGAGAUCCAAGUGGAAGCUCAAGGGAAAAACACUCAAAUGAUUGAAAAGAGAAAAGUCAAAUUCGUAUCAUAUAAUCCACUUACAAUAAUUCGAACAGAUAAAUCAAUCUACAAUCCUGGUCAAACAGUUCAGUUCAGGAUUUUCACGGUGGACCUAAAUUUGAAGCCAAUUGAUGAAACGUACAAACUCGUAGCAAUGCAGGACAAUCGAAUGAACAGAAUCAAUCAGUGGAUUAAUGCCACAUCAACCCAUGGCAAGAUUCUGCAACUUUCCCAUACGCUGAAUCCAGAGGCUGCUGUUGGUUCAUAUGAGCUUUUUGUAGAGACUAGCAAACAGACAAUUAAAGAAUAUUUUCAGGUUAAAGAGUAUGUUCUACCAAAAUUCGAUGUGAAAUUACACAAACCAAAGACAGUGAGAGCGAAUGAAGAGGAAGUAAAGCUGGGGGUAUGUGGGAGAUACACCCAUGGACAUCCUGUCCAAGGUAACGUGAAGAUGGGACUCUGCAAAACCAUGCCAGUCGGUAUUUAUUAUCCCUAUCAGUAUCAUACUCCACUCUGUGUUAAUAGGACAGCAGUACUAAAUGAGACAGGCUGUGUCUCUGAGAUGUUCCCCAUUUCAUUCUUCAUCAGAAGUUCAGAAGUGUAUUUCAUGCCACAGUCUCUUCAUUUCACUGUAUCAGUAACUGAAGAGGGGACAGACAUCUCAGUGGAAAGGACUGAAAAUGUGUUUUUGACCUAUACUAUUGGUAGCAUAAAAUUUAUUGACCUGCCAGAGUUCUUUGAGAAAGGAUCAGUCAUACAAGCAAAGGUUAAAGUUGAGUUCUCCAAAGGAACCCCAUUUCCUUACUUUAAGGUUGUUGUUCAACAUGACCUGUCUCAGCCUCAAGAACUUACCACAGACAUCAAUGGGUUGGCCCAUUUCACAAUUGAUACGUCCCUUGCGAUAAGUACAUCUAUUUAUGUAUCGGCAUAUGCUUCAUUCACCAAUCAGUUUGGUAGUCCAUUCAACUUUGAAUCUGCAUACAAAACUCUGCAAAUAAAAUCCAAAGAAAGCCCAGAAAAAGCGAGUCAACUGGUUAUAAAGUCUCUAGAGGAACCACUGAAAUGCGAGGAGGAGAUCUCAGUAACCGUGCAGUACACUAUUGCUGGAGAGACUGUUGAAAGUGGUUCUGUUACCAUAGUCUACCUGGUUUCAUCCAGAGAAGAGAUAGUCUACAAUGGCUAUAAGAACAUUGAGGUGAAAGGCUCUGAUGGAGUAGUGGAGGGAGAACUGAUGUUUAAAGUCCCUGUUCGUGCCCGGAUGGCUCCAAAGAUGGAGUUUCUCGUAUACUGUGUGCCGCCCAGUGAAAUUGUACUAGCUGCUUCCAGAACAUUUCAAAUUGAGAAAUGUUUUGUAAACAAGGUGUCACUGCAGUUUUCUCCGACUACAGCUGUUCCUGGUGAAGAAAACACUCUCCAGAUCUCAGCUCAGCCUGGUUCACUGUGUGGCCUCAGUGCUGUAGAUCAGAGCGUCCUGAUCAUGGAGUCCGGGAAACGUCUAGAUGCUGACAAAGUUUUUAAGCUGUUGCCAGCCAGGCUUUUUCCAUAUGACAUUGAAGAUCAAGAGGAUUGCUUUAAUAUUAGAUCUAUAAGAAGUUCUCAGUCUCUUCUUCCUCCACCUCCAUAUACACCAAUGCCAUCCUACCCUUACCCCUCAGAGAGUAAGGCAGAUGCUGUCUAUGCGAGUUUCAGGAACAUGGGAUUGAAGGUGGUGACAAAUUUGAUUAUUAAAAUGCCAUCCUGUAUUAAAUUUAGAGAUGCAUUUUAUCAGAGAAUGUAUGGUGUUCCAGGUUCUAUGGGUUUUGUUCACCCACCAUCUUAUGGAGGCAUGGCAGGAGCUAUCCCAGGAAAUGCUGGAGUUGGAGCAGGUCCAGUGGGUUUGCCAGGUGCAGUGGGUCCAGGGGCUGGAAUGAGUCCAAUGGGUCUAGGAAUUCCAGUUGGAGCAGCUGGAGUUGCAGGAGGUAUAGGAACUGGUAUUGCUCUCACACCUCUACCCGAGGAAACCAUUCGCACAUUCUUCCCAGAAACUUGGAUCUGGGAACUUGUUGAGGUUGGGGACUCUGGAUCAGCUCAGGUUCCUGUCACGGUUCCUGACACUAUCACCUCUUGGGACACGGAGGCCUUCUGUCUGUCCUCCAAAGGUCUGGGUCUGGCUCCUCCUGCUCAGCUGACAGUUUUCCAGCCCUUCUUCCUGGAGCUCUCUCUGCCUUACUCCAUCAUCCGUGGGGAGAUCUUUGAGCUGAAGGCCACUGUCUUCAACUAUCUGUCCAAGUGCAUCAUGGUUAAAGUGACUCCAGCUCCUUCCUCAGACUACACUCUCAAAGCCUCCUCUGAUGAUCAGUAUUCAUCCUGUCUGUGUGCUAAUGGAAGAAAAACCUUUAAAUGGAUCCUUACUCCUUCUGUUCUCGGAGUCUUGAAUAUUACAGUCAGUGCAGAGGCAGAGGCGUCCCAGACUGUGUGUGACAAUGAGAUUGUGAGCGUGCCAGAGAGAGGACGCAUUGACACGGUCACACAAAGCUUGCGUGUAAAUGCUGAAGGAAUCGAAAAGACUAACAGCCACAGCUGGCUGCUUUGCCCCAAAGGGCAAAACCUCUUGGAGGAAGUAGAGCUGGCAUUUCCCAAAAAUAUGAUAGAGGGAUCAGGAAGAGCUGCUGUUUCAGUGCUUGGAGACAUAUUGGGUCGUGCACUAAGGAAUCUUCACGGAUUAUUACAGAUGCCGUAUGGCUGUGGAGAACAAAAUAUUGCUGUUCUUUCUCCCAAUAUUUACAUUCUGCAGUAUCUGGAAAACACAGAGCAGCUCACCUCAGCCAUCCGAGAGAGAGCCACCGGCUUCCUUAAGAGCGGGUAUCAAAGGCAACUCAACUAUGAGAAUUCAGAUGGAUCAUAUACUACAUUUGGAAAGGGAGAAGGAAAUACAUGGCUGACCGCAUUUGUGCUGAGGACUUUUGGGAAAGCACAGUGUUACAUCUUUAUUGACCCCCAAAAAAUUCAGAAUUCAAAGCAAUGGCUGAUACGCCACCAAAGACCAGAUGGUUUAUAUGAGAGCAGGGGAAAACUCUUCAAUAACAGAAUGAAGGGGGGUGUAAGUGAUGGUGUGACCAUCACUGCCUAUAUAACUGCAUCCCUACUCGAGCUGAACACAUCAGUUAUGGAUCCUGCUGUGAGCAAAGGUCUGUCAUACUUAAAGCGUUUUGUUGGUGAUAUCCGAAACACUUACACCACUGCUCUGCUCGCCUACACUUUCAGUCUGGCUAGAGACACGCACACUCGACAGCAGCUUUUCAAGAAACUGGAGGAUGCUGCUAUUUCAGACGGGUCUCAUCUCCACUGGUCUCAGUCUGCAUCUGCUGAUGACUCUGAUUCUCUGGCAGUGGAGAUCAGCUCAUAUGUGCUGCUAGCUGCUCUCACUGCAGAUUCACUCACUUCAGCUGAUCUGGGCUUUGCUAACAGGAUUGUCAGCUGGCUUGUGAAGCAGCAGAAUGCCUAUGGAGGAUUCUCCUCCACACAGGACACAGUGGUGGCUCUUCAGGCUCUGUCUUUGUACGCCACCAAAGUGUUCAGCUCUGAUGGCUCCAGCACAGUGACUGUACAGUCAGCAGCAGACACUCACCACUUUGAUGUCAAUCAGGACAAGAAGUUACUGUACCAGGAGAAGCAGCUGCAGAACGUUCCAGCCAAAUACAGCAUUGAAGCGAAGGGCUCAGCCUGUGUGUCUGUGCAGAUGUCUCUUUUCUACAAUAUCCCCACUCCCAAGGAUUCUAAGGCAUUACAAAUCUUUGCUAAGACUGGGGCACUGUGUCAGAGCGGGACAGGACAAAUUCUGGAUGUCGUAUUAGAUAUUAUAUAUACAGGGACACAAGACAGUUCUAACAUGGUCAUUGUAGAUAUGAAACUCUUAUCUGGUUUCAAACUAGUGCCCUCUUCCCUGGAUGCGUUAAAGAAAUCAGUACAUCGUGUUGAAUCCAAAGAUGACCACGUGAUCAUGUAUCUUCAAGAGGUUCAAAAGUACAUGCUCUUCCGCCAAACACUACGUACUAAACAAAUCUUCUCAGUUAAAAACCUCAAGCCAGCGGUUGUAAAAGUCUAUGAUUACUACCAGACCAGUGAGCGGUCUGAAGCAGAAUACUUUAAUCACUGUGCCUGAGGAAGGAUACCACAGAAGAGACAACAGAUGUCUUCACACCAAUUAAAUAUGUUACUCUGCGCUAUUAUAUUGGAUUAGCAUAAAUAAUUAUGAAUAUUUUUUUCUGUCAUGACAG